AUGGCUUCUAUUUUUUCCCGGCCUCUUGAUUUAGUAUACUUCAUAUAUUUUAUUACUCACAUUCUGGCUGCUGUGUUAAUUGACACUUAUCCUGUUUAUAAGUCAUUCGCACCCAACGCCUUAACCUCUUUAAACCAAUGGUACAUUGAAAAUUUUAACGAUCCAUUUUUCGUAAAAAACCCAACAUGGUUUGUUUCUUGUUUGUAUAUUGAGGCUUUGUCAAUACCUCUUUUUAUUUAUGCAGCUAUUGGAUUAUUGAAAGCUGUAAGUCGUGCUAGACAUACUUUUUUAGUUCAAAGUAAACGCAUACUUCGAUUGAUAUCAUUCACAACACAUUUGAAAUCCUUAUAUGGACUAAUUUAUGCCUCAAGCCUAAUGAGUGACUAUGAAGUUACUCUUGUCAAUGACAACAUGCAAGAAUUUUAUGUUCGGUUUCACGGUCCCGAAGAUACACCCUUUUCUGGUGGUGUAUGGAAAGUUCAUGUUGAACUACCUGAUCAAUAUCCAUUUAAAUCACCGUCGAUUGGGUUUAUGAAUAAAAUUUUUCAUCCCAAUAUUGACGAACUAAGUGGAUCGGUUUGUCUUGACGUAAUUAAUCAGACAUGGAGUCCGAUGUUUGAUAUGAUCAACAUUUUCGAGGUUUUCCUCCCUCAGCUUUUGAGGUAUCCAAAUCCUACAGAUCCUCUCAACGGUGAAGCUGCCGCCCUACUAAUGAGGGAGCCGCACACAUACGAAGUCAAAGUAAAAGAAUACGUUAGCAGGUUUGCUACAAAAGAAGCAGCAGAUGCUGCGACAGACGAAAGUUCUUCUAGUGAUGAAGUAAGUUCUGUAGAUACAUAUUCAGAUGAAGAUGAAAGCCCGGACAUGGAUAUAUAA